AUCUGAUGUACUGUCGAUUAGUAUUUAAUAAAACGACACCCAUCGAUGUUAGCUCACCGCAGCUAAAAACAGCUAGCUAGGUGUUUAAGCUAAGCUAGUUUGCGAUUAGCCUUCCAUGUGCGUGGGAAGCAGCAAUGGUGUACAAGCGGGGCUUGAGGCUGUUGAUAAAGCAGCUGGAUGUGUUAAUAAUGCCAUAUAUUUCCUUUGUACUGUUGUUUUAUCCGACUGCGUACCAGCCCGGUGAGGCGUGUGCUGCCGUGGCGAAGGAGGGGGGAACCAGCAGCGCCGCCAUCCUGUUGUGCAGGGCGUGCGGACAUGAGCUGGCGGUCGGGGCGGACAUCCACUUCGUUCCCAGUCGACUGGCGCUCUCCAGCCGCAACGACACGUUCAUAGGGGGCCGAACGGUUAACAUCCAGCUUUUCGAAAACCCCCAUGGAAACCAGUUUGAGGUGAUUACGUUCAGAAAAGCAGAAGUCACCCAGCACUGGCCGGCAGAUAAACACUUCACCUGGUUCCCGGGGUUCUCGUGGACGGUGGCCACCUGUCCUCGAUGUAAAACUCAUUUAGGUUGGGCCUUCCAGCCCACUGACUGGCCAGACACCGUCACAAAAACCAUAUUUGAGGAGUCUGAGCACACCUUCCUGGCUUUAAUCACCCAUCGUCUAUUAAGAGAAGACUUUGCCUCGAGCCUGCUAAUGACUCCAAAAUCCUUCACGAGCUGAUCCACUUAACAAUUAACCUAGGUGCCUUUGUUGCUACCCAAUUCUAUUUUUUAAAUAAAUUCUAUGCACCCACAUGUAAA